AAAUACCCGGGCGCGUGUUGGAAUUUGCCGAAUUGGGAAUGCUUUGACAGUUAACAGAAAUGGAUGAUGAGAAGAAGAGAAGAGGAAAGAGCGUAGCGAUUCUAAUCUCCUCUGAUGAAGACGAAGACGACGACACUGCUCUCGAAGAAGAAGAUGAUGAUGAAUUCAUCGAUUGCGAUGCCGAUGAAGCUUCUGAAUCGGAUGAUCGUGAUGUUGAUGAUGAGUCCAAAUCAGAUGACAGUGAUAUCGAUGAUGAAUCCCGCUCCGAUAAAGUUAUCGCACUCCUUCAAGAAGGAAAGGAUAUAGAUUCCUUGAAAUUAAACGAAUGCAAAGCGUAUUUGCGGAAACACGGCCUCAGGAUUGCAGGAAAUCGAGCGGUUUGCAUUGCGAGGAUUAGGGAACAUUGGAGGUUAAGACAUGGAAGUGGGUACACCCUGUAUCCUAGAUCAUCUUUCAACAUUAAUUGUACUGGUGAUGUCUGCAUGGGUGAUGUGGUUCUGUUCAGACAGAAGGUUUAUGAAAAGUUUGAUAAAGUCACUCGGCAUGGACGAGUAACAGGAAGCAGAACUGUUGCCGGGAGGGUUGUGAAGGAGAGCUAUGGUGCAGCUAAACAACAACAUACCUUCACUGUUGAGGUGCUGUGGAGUAGUGGUGUUAAGAAAUUGGCUCCACUUUUCCCUUUGCUUGUAAAGGGCCGUAAUCUCUAUAAACUGAAAACUGACAGACAGCGAUGGAACGAUGAGGCUGAUAGAGUUAAAGUGCUUUCUGAGAAGCACAGACGAGGGGCAGCAGCGAGGUCUGUGAGAGCGCUGAAGCAAAGACAUAAAGGAUCUAAGGGUUCAAAAAGGCAGCGUGAAAUCCAGAAUACAAAACGAUCAAAAAUAGGAAGAUCCGUUGAACUAGAUAAGGUUAGGAACCUUGAUGGCUACAGAAGAGCAAAUGACUAUCGACCUCAAGAGGCCACUUCAUCAACAUGGAAUGAAAGUACAUCUUCAAGAGCCUUCAGAUCUACCAGGGGAAGCCAUGAGUUUGCUCAAUUUGACCAUUUUCAAGUUCCAGAUUAUCCAUUAUAUGCUAGUAAUCAUCACAUCCCAUAUCAAUUUCAAGUAAAUUCUCAGAGAAGGAAUGAACCAAGCGAAUUCUUUUAUUAUGAGAUGGAACCUUUGAGGCCUCGUGUACGUGAAUUCACAUCUAGAACACCGCAUCUCGGGUCCAGUUAUGGUCAUCAUCAUGGCCAUCCACACCUAUACAACUUCGAUAUGCAUUUGAAUGGAGAACAUAUGCACAGACCAUUACAAUUUUCUCCAAGAGCCAGUGGAAUGUUCUUGGUUCCCCCAGUUGCGCUUUCCAGUUUGGGCUAGUGGCCUAGUGUACCUGGUGUAUAGUUGGAUCUUGGAUGAACAAUGGAGGGGAUUGUAAGUAUCCCUUUUUCGAAUCUGGUUUUGGUUACAGAUACUUCCAACAUUGCUAUUGCACCAUGUUUAUGUUUGAAUUUGGAAAUCUAGUCGAAAUGGGAAGGAAAUAAUUUCGUCAAAGGGAUCACUAGUCUGCUAGAACUACGUUGCAAACUCUA